AUGUCCACGGCCUCUACCCCCACCGCCAAUCCCUCUGACAAGCUCAAGGCCGACCGCUUCGGUCAGGGUAUCUGGUUCGCCCUGCAGGCCUGGCCCGCCCUCACUGUCGCCAUCCAGUCCCAGUUCGGUGGGCCCGAUGGAGCUGACAAGCGCGACUGGCUGGCCGGUGCCAUAGCCGACAUCUUCGUCGAUAACCCCGACACCGACCAGCUCGACGUCGAAACUAUUCUGUUGCAGGUCAUGGAGGACGAGUUUGAGGUGCGCCUCGAGGAUGAGAGCGAGGUCGCUGUCGCCCACACCAUCAUGAAGAUCCACACCGAAAUCUUCCACGAAGCCAAGUUCACCACCGUCGACGCCAUGGAGAAGCGCUGGGUCGACCGUCGCGGCAAGGGUCCUAACCUGGGCAAUGUUCGCGUUGUCGAAAACGAUGGAACCAACAACAACAACAACGAUGACGAUGACGACGUCUAUACUGAUGAGGAAGAUGGCGAGGAUAUGGACAUGGAUGAGGCGCCACCGCUCGUGCCCACCGCGCCCAAGGAGAAGCCCGAGCCUGAGGUGGAUGAGGAUGGUUUCACCAAGGUCAUCAAGAAGAGACGUUGAAGAGACGAGGGUCUCUUACGAAGUUACUUUUUGGCAUUGCACUGGCGUUGAGGAGUGAUCUAAAAGCGCUGGAGCGGGACGGCUGGAGCUGACGGCUGGGAGUUGAUUUCAGAAUAGACUUGACUUCAUGGUAGACAUGAUACCCGCGUGAUAUGUAGAUAGUCAGCGAUGGUCAUGUCAGUUCAACGUGCCGUCGUACGCGUCGAUGGCGAUGCGACGCUACGUACAUGGUACUCCACCCAAAUUUGUCCAGCCCUGAUUACGUAGUAGUACGGGAAGAUCCGAGAGGUCGAGUGCCCGUGUGCUCGCAGCUCUACAUAUUUGUACCUAGCUAAAUUACCGUUUCGAGUGAGCUG